AUGAUGAGAACGUUUCUCUUCCUCGCCAUUGUGGCGGCAGUGGCCUCCAUGACAACCGCCUUGUCAUCGACGGGAAAAGCCAAGUUCUAUGGAGGAGCUGGUGUUGGUCGUCUCGUGGUGGACGAGUCUGCUGGCAAAGAAAAUGCAUGGAAGUGUCACUACGAUAUGGUGCUCUGUGAACGCAUCCAAGGAAAGGCAAGGAAGGAAAGUGGGCUCUAUGUUCCACAAGAAGAUCUACCCAAGCUGCACUUGUGUAAAGUGUUGGCCUUGGGACCAGGAAAGGAAGAAGAAAAUGGAAUGGUGGCACCCAUGCCAGAUAUCAAUGUUGGAGAUAUUGUGAUAGCCAAAAAUCCCUGGGGAAUUGGUCCAAAGGAUGAGGAAACCGCGGACGGAAAGAAGCUGAGCUUUAUGCGAAGUCAGGAUAUUGCGGCUGUGAUAACUGGAGGAUUGCUUCCAGAUGAGGAGGAGGACUAA